CGCGCAGUGACUGACGUCGAAGCACGGGCGUGGACCGCAGCGGCGGGUGCAUCGUGGAAAGUGAUUGCUCUCAGACAGAACCCAAUCCCUGUAAUCCAAGUUGUGCUGGGUUUUCUAGUUCUGACUUGUCCUUUGAGAGAGGGGUGUCAUCUCAUGAUGCAGAUUAGGAAUCCACAGAUAAAGCGACUUUCUCCCCAGAAGGAACACUCAGUGCAGCGUCUAAAGAGCUUGAGGGAUUCACUGGAGAGAAUGCGCCUCAAGUUCUCCCUCCAGGGGGGAAAGGUCACAGCCCUCUGUCUCCAGGAGGGGGAGCAGGUGUGGGCCCUCAACAUCAAGAGGGCUCUACUGAGCAUGCUCCAGACCUCCCGCACCGCCUCCAAACAGGAAUUAGACAAGGAGACGGAUGUUUACGGGACAUGCACCAGCAGGUAUGAGAGGCGAGGACCUGUGCUGCUGAAGAGCAGGGAUCUGAAACAGUGCCACCAGUCCAGACUAGAAAACUUCUGGCCACAUUCUGUACCUGUAGCUGAAGACACAUUGCUGCAGUCAGAGUUGCACUGUGCUCAGAGGUAUGGAUCCAAAGUGAUGGAAGAGGUCAACUGCACUGAAAUAAUUUCCAUGGCACCAUGGACCAGAACUCCAGGGUUGGUGAAGACCCAAACAGUGUCCACCCUGCUCCUGCUACGAGCACAACCAGGGACUCCUCCAGACACAGAUAUGUUUGGUCCUGGAGUGCUCACUGAUCUGCAGUUUGAAGAUGAGGGUGCUUCCAGGCAAGGGAGAACUAGAGCGUCAACGCCCCAGCGAGCCAGUCAGACAGUCAGGAUGUUAUGUAGCCUCACCUCAGACCCACAACGGGUAUCCCAACAGUUCCUUCAACUGGCUUUCCAGCUGAGAGAUCUGACUGUUCCUCAACUCAAGACACUUUGGCAAGAAGCCUCUUUCAGGUGUCGCAAUGACUGGCAGCCUUUGUUGGACGCAUUACCAGCUUGUGGAUCUGAAAACUGUAUCAUACUACUAACUGACCUCAUGAUGAAAAAAGAGCUGGAGGAGGAAGAUGCUCAUGCAUUUCUCACCACCAUAGCCCUCAUCCCUCAUCCAUCACCACAGAUCAUCAACUCCAUCAAUGUCUUACUGCAGGUCCCAGAGCUGCAGUCCAAAGCGCUGUUAUCUGGAUCAGCUCUGGUCUAUCAACUGUGCCAAAAGUCUCACACCCCCUGCAGUGACCUUCCUGAGGUGCAGACCUUCAUACAAGUGCUUGAGGAAAUGAUAAGGAAGGACUGUGAAGGAGCACAACCUACUCGUGACAAGCUUUUUUAUGCAUUGAAGUCAGUGGGUAACAUCGGACUUUCUGCUCCAGUCUUCAUUCCUCUGAUGAACUGUAUAAUUAAAAGCCACUCAGCUGCACUGGAGCUGAGACUAGCUGCCAUCCAGGCCUUUAGACGCUUUCCUUGCUCAGCUGAUAGAUACGUGCUGUUGCAGCUGUACCGCUCCUCCCAGGAGGAUCCCGAGGUCAGAAUCGCUGCAUACCAGCAGCUCCUGCGUUGCCCCGAUGACGAUGUGUUUGAAGUGGUGAAGACGACACUGAGGAACGAGAACUCUAGCCAAGUGGGCUCCUAUGUGUGGAGUCAUCUCACCAAUCUCCUGAGGAGCGAAGACCCCAUGAAACAAGCACUGAUAGAGUCCCUGCCUGAUGACAUCAUCAGCAGAGACUUUGAGGCCGAGUUUAUGAAAUAUUCCUCCUACUCUGACUACACUGUUUCAUCAGACAUGGGAAUUACAAAUGUGGAAACAUCUCUAGUUUUCUCCCCAAAAUCAUUUCUGCCAACAUCUGCCACUGCAAACCUGACUGUUUAUUUCCACGGUAGAGCCCACAACAUUCUGGAGGUUGAGCUUCAUGCUGAAAAUGCUGAACCCAUUCUAAAGACAAUGUUUGGCCUUCAUACCCCUGACUCUGGUGGAGAGGCGGUGGUUCAAAGUCAAAAACAGUCCAAAGAUGCGAUGAGGACAGGAAGAAAAACAGAUGAUGGCGGUGAAGGAGAAAAAGAAACGUGUUCAUCCAGCUCCAAAAGUUAUCUGGACCAGGCCAGGGCCAUGCUGUUUGGCAGGAGGAGAAUGAAGGAGAAUGGAGUUAAGUGUUGGCUUGGUGUAAAGGUGUUUGGGAAUGAGCUCAGUGUGUUUACAUGUGAAGAUCUCCACAAGCAAAUGAACCAGCUGUCUCUGAUUGUAGCAGGACUGGCUGUCAAACUGCUCAAGGGUCAGGAGGUCCAGCUGAGCCACAGAGCCGUGCUGAUGACAGAGGAGCUAAUUUUACCUUCUCUGUCAGGUUUGCCCUUCAGACUGGGCAUCAACAUGACCUCACUGCUUGCACUGCAUCUGAAGGGCAACGCCAACUAUAGGGAUAUGUCCCACUUCUUACUGACUGGAUACAUCAGACCAAACGCCCAUGUCGGGCUGUCUGUCAGGAUGGGGGUAGAUGGGGCUCUGGGUCAGGCUGCAAUGGACUGGCUUGCUGAGCUCAGGAGCUCCACCAGUCUGGAUGGCAGCAUUCAGCUGCAGGAGGGGCGAGAUCUCAAAGUCACACUCAACACACCGGAGGACGUUAUGGACAUAAUUUUUGUCAGCUCUAGAGUGUUUCAGCUCAGCGGAGACUUCAGAGAGGAGAUCAAGGGGCCGAAGAGCCGAGUCCAGAGGACCACCUGCACACCAAAGACAUGGUCUAAGAUGGUCGGUUGGCAGCUGUGCUCCAAUGCCUCUUAUCCAUUACUUGGCACAGGUGUUUCACUUCCCCCUCCAGGUCCAGUUCACUUCUCCCUCAGGCUACUUAAACUGGAUAGAGGACUGCAUUACUAUCUGCUGGAAGCUGCAUACUCUCUGCUCCCUCAGAAGAGCACUUGGUUCCCCAGAGAGGCCUCCCUCCACCUUCUUCUAGCGACACCUCAGUCCUCAAUCCCCAGGGACAUGUCUCUGGACCUGACUUUCAACCCUCGCCGAUUUCUGCUGAGAAUCACCCAUCCACUGAAAACUGUCCUUGUACAAGGUCAACUUGAACAUGAGAAAAAAAAGAAGACAGGAAAGCUGGAGCUGUUGAUUGAUGGUGUCCAUUUUUAUAUCAUGGGUUUGGUUGACACUCAGACCCUUCUGACAGAGCAGAGAACUCGCUAUCGCCUUGAAGUCAAAACGGCUGCUGAUGGACAUCCCAUGAUCCUCUCUGCUAACGUCACUCGUGGACUGGGCAGUAAGACCAGCUUCUCUGCGUCAGUUAAGAAUGUGUUCAGAGAGACUGCAUCACUUUCAGUGGCUCUGGAGCGCAGGCGGGAUGGCAGCAGCAAGCAGUACUCUGUAGAGGCUGAGCUCCUGUUACCAGGCGUGGUCGGCACCAGGAUGCUUGGACUGAUGGAGCAGAAGGGCUCACUAUGGAGCUCUGCGCUCAGGCUCAAAUAUGGUCUCGGUGGUGAGUGA